GGCUCCAACUAGCACAGAACAAAAACACCGUCGGCUGACUGACUGUGGUCUGCCUGCUGACACGCAUCAGUAAGCAUCACAAAAUGGAGCCAGCAGUUAGAUGUGGUCCCGCAGUAUGUCCUCGUUUCAUUAAGUUAAUUUAGCACAAACUCACGAUGCGUGAGACCGACGGUGCACCGUUAGCUUAACGCUAGCUAGCUGUCAACUGCUACAAGUGGUGAGAGUUAUAUUCUCAGGCGGACAGUUGGAAGAGGAGAUUUGGUCUGCCCUUGAUGACUUUGAUUUCCUCCUCCAUGAAUGUCUGAAAGUCGUCCUUGUGGGAGACAGAGAGGUCUACGCAGCAGGACAUUGUGCGACUCUUAACAAGAGACUUGCCAUGGAUUGGCUGAUGAAUUCAGUUGAGAAAGACUUGGGGGUUGACCGACGGCAGCAAGGCCCAGGUCCCCGUCCCAGGGAGCUUGUAGCCCUUGUUCCUACACGCUGGGUGAUGGGCCUGAGGGAGAGGAGGGUCAUGCGCUGUACCCGAUUUGACAGCAUCAAUGAGGCAGAAAUCCGGACGUACCUUCAGUGUUCCCAAGCAAAGUUGCCACCUGGCUGGACACGUGUGUGCAUUCAAGGUCUGAGGAAAAGCAAGCUGAGCUACAGAUUGGCCAGAGACCCUUGCCCUCAACAAAUGGAAUUAAUGUCACAGGAUUCUUAUGUCAAAACCAUGCAGUGUGUGUCGCAACAUAAUGUCAGGAAUCUGUGGCGUGAAGCUCAUUACAAGCUUGUGCAGACAUAUGCAGGAGCCAGUGAGCAGAUGCAUACUGCGGCUGUAGAUGCGGUGCGUCAUGCUUUACAGAAGCUCUUCAAUUCUACAUUCUUCUCAUCUGACAAGGUGUCUCCAUCCCUUUCUCCAGCCAGAGAAAAGGAGAAAGAAAACUACUUCUCAUCUGGUUCAUCUUGCUUUUCCAAGUCCCAGUCAGACCAUCUUUGUCCCAAUGUUCUACCUGCAGAGUGUCUGCUGGAGACAGCAGAGAUGCUCUAUGUGAUUCUACCAUAUACUCAGUAUACACUCCAUGAUAUUGUCUCCUUCAGCCCAGCCAAGCUUGCUAACAGCCAUGCCAAAGUGUUGUUCAUUCUGUACCAGUUACUGAUUGCCCUGCAGGCAUGUCACGCAGCAGGACUUUCUUGUGGAGAGCUCUCCCUGCAGGACAUAGCUGUAGAUGAGCAGCUCUGCAGCCGCCUCAGAAUCAACCUAGCCCAUUAUGAGGAACUGGGGCCAGAAGGGGAUGCAAACAGUGAUGUUAGUGGCAGAGAAGUGCCAAAAAGUGUCCUGCCAAGGGACCACUCGUGUGUGAGCCAAGAGAACAAGAGACUUUGCAAAGACUGCUUUGGUGAACUCAAGAUGUUGGUUCUUGACUGGGUCCAUGGAAGAGUCAGUAACUUCCGCUACUUGAUGGAACUGAACAGGCUGGCAGGACGCAGAGAAGGAGACCCUAAUUAUCACCCAGUGCUGCCUUGGGUGGUGGAUUUCACUGUGCCAUUUGGAAAAUUCCGGGACCUCAGGAGGUCAAAGUUCAGGCUCAAUAAAGGGGAUAAGCAGCUGGACUUUACAUACGAGAUGACCAAAGAGGCUUUGGCAGCUGCGGUGGGUAAUGGGGUGGGUGGAAGUGGUGUAGGCGGAGACCUCAGUGGCUCUGUAGGUGCUGGUGGUGCUGGACAGCCUGACCACCUCCAUGUACCUCAUCACAUAUCUGACGUGCUCUCAGACAUUACCUACUAUGUCUACAAAGCCCGGCAGACACCCAAGUCAGUGUUGUGCAGCCAUGUUAGAUCCCAGUGGGAGCCUAAUGAAUACCCAGCCAGUAUGGAGCGCAUGCAGAGUUGGACCCCUGAUGAGUGCAUUCCAGAGUUCUACACAGAUCCCUCUAUUUUCCGCUCUAUCCACCCUGACAUGCCAGACCUGGAUGUGCCUUCCUGGUGCAAGUCGUGUGAGGAGUUUGUUGAGGUCCAUCGACGCCUUCUGGAGAGCCGAGAGGUGUCCCAGCAUUUGCAUCACUGGAUAGAUCUCACGUUUGGUUAUAAGCUUUCUGGUAAAGAAGCUGUCAAGGCCAAGAAUGUGUGCCUGCACCUAGUGGACAACCACACCAAUCUGACUACCUAUGGUGUAGUUCAGCUGUUUGACCAGCCCCACCCACCCCGCUUAUCUCCUUCCCAGUACGCCCCAGCAGAACCUCCUCUUCUUGGCCUUGCUGCUCUUACUGUGCCUUCUCUACACGUCCCUCAAAUCAACACCAUGGCUGACACUGUGGAUGGAAUGGUGCCAGAGUCCACAGGGUGUGAGUCCAGCGGAUGGACCAUGGUAGACAGAGAUGAAGAGCUUGAACAAGGUAUGGAAGCUUUGGACUCAUUAGCAUCCACAGGCUCUUCUGUUUCUGCGUCCUGCUCUGUCCCAAUGCCAAGCACGGCGGGAGGAAAGAUGGGAGCAGAGCACACAGCACUUAUUGUAUCUCAGUCCCCGAGUUCAUUCCCUGGUGAUUUCACAAGCGGCUUAGGCCCUGGUUUACGCAGUGCCAUGUUACAAAGAGGUGGGCCAACGAACAAAAAACAUGGGGAGGGCAGUGUGACUGCCAGCAGUGCAGAGGAAAUCAGAAUUACCCUCCCUGAGGGCUUCAACCCAUUGCAGCCUUUGGAAGAGCUGGAGAAGUUGAACAAUUUCCUGGUGAAGAGUCUGCAUGCUGAAGUGUGGCAUCCUGCAGGAUCAAGUGACUGCAUGAGAGACGGUGUGAUAUUUGAAUCUCUACCUUCUCUGACACAGCUCUACCAAAGAGACAUGCAGGCCCUUGGCGUUCUCAUCGCUGAGAUAUUCUACUCCUCUAAACUGAGAGGACUGAAACCAGGCAACCCCCUCAGACAGCGUUUCCAAGCUGUUAUGAAGCUAUGCUCUGCCAGCCUCCGUGAUGUGCCACUGUCUUUGCAUCAUGCUCUUGAGACACUGCUGCUGAUGGAGAAGCACUCUGGUAUAGCACACAGAGAAGUACCAGAUUGCCCACGUCCACUUCUUUUCAAAUAUGACCCCAUCUGCGAUGGUCUGCCUCCCCCAAACCCCUGCCAGUUACUGAACUCAGUUAUCUCCCCCCUCCCUUUCCCUUCUUAUUUUGCAGCCCUUCAUCAUUUUAUCUUUUCCUACCACGCCAAGAUAGAGACUACGUGUAGUCUUCAAGGAAGAGAUGUUGUCUUUCACCUCUGGCAGCAGCUUGAGACACUGUUGCGGGGAAACAUUACAGCUGAGGGUCUUGAGAUUCUCUUGCCUUUCAUUUUAGCCCUAAUGCUUGAGGAGUCCACUGCUGUCUAUGCUGCUUGGUACCUUUUCGAGCCCAUCUCUAGAGUACUGGGUCCCAGAAAUGCAAACAAGUACUUACAGAAGCCACUGAUCAAUGUUUAUGAAAACCCUCACUGCCUGCGAGGACGUUUCUAUCUCUACACUGACUGCUUCAUUCUGCAGCUGAUUGUGAGGCUCGGCCUGCAAGCCUUUCUGUCCAGCCUACUCCCCCAUGUGCUGCAGGUCAUCACUGGCUUUGAAAGCUGCAUCUCAGGCACUGGCGGGGAAGCUUGCAAAGGCCUCAGGGGUGGUACAUGCAAUCUAGGAGAGGAAGAGGAAGAGGACUUUCAGUGUGGUGAGGUGCGGUCAUCUUCUGGGUCUGUUAGCGGGAAUAUGGGAGGUAGCAGUGGAGCCAGUGGAGGGGUCGUGGUAGGAGACGCAGGGCUGGUCGAUUACUCCUCUGGCAUCAGCCUAAAUGACCAAGUGUUUCUCUCAGAGGCAGAGGACUUUCAGAAUGGGUUCUAUGUCAACAGUGGAGCAGGGGUGGCUGCUGGGAAACAGCAGAGCCAGAACUCUGCAGCCAAGGAUCAAGACCAGGAGUCUUUAAGUGUUGGGAAACUAAGUGACAAAAGCAGCACAAGUGAGCUCUCACUGGGUGAUGGAGACUCAAUGCGGGAUCGAGCCAGUCUCAAAUCAGCUGACAGCAGUCAGGACCUGAAACAUGCUAGUGAAGGAGAGGAGGGAGGAGAGCUUGAGGAAGAAGAGGUGACUGAGACUAAUGAGGGUAAAGAGGGUACAGAUGACCCUGCUGUACCCAACCUGGAGCUUACUCUCUCUGGUUGCACAGAAGCUUCAGGAGCCACAGUUGCCACUCUGGAGGGAGAGUUUGUGAAUGGAAUGGCACUGGAAGACACUGAUAAAGGCAAUGUGGGAGAGCAGGAGGAGGACCACGAUCCAUCAGAAGAGUCUGAGGAGAAAGAGCAAAAGAUUCUUCUAGAUACAGUCUGCAAAACAGUUCGAUGGCUGUCAGCAAAGCUUGGACCAACAGUGACGUCUCGAUACAUUGCAAGAAAUUUGCUGAGAUUGCUUACAAAUUGUUACAUUGGGCCGCAGAAGCACCAGUUUGUGACCCCUACAUCUGAGGAGAGCAGUCUGGAGAGUGUGGGAAUGAGCAGAGUAUAUGAGAAGAAACCUGUGGUUGGUGACCAAACUGCAGGGCCUGUGUUGGACUGUCUCAUCUACAUAGCUCAGCUUUAUGGAGAGCCUGUACUCACUUACCAGUACCUGCCUUAUAUAGGAUAUCUGGUUUGUCCACCUUCUUCACAGCGGCUUAACACACGAAAGGAGGCAAGUCUGCUGGGAGCUGUUGCACUUACACAGAAGAUCGUUGUCUUUCUCUCCGAUACCACUCUAAUGGACAUGCUCAUGAAGAUCAAUCAGGAUGUGCUCCUCCCACUGCUGGACCUACUCACCACCCCUCGUAUGGGGUUCCCCAGUGGGGUGCAGACACGCACCGCCGUCUGUCUCAAGACACUCAGCCUGAUGGCUCUCAUCUGUCUGCGCAUUGGGAGGGAGAUGGUGCAACAGCAUAUGGCCGACACUCUGCGUCGGUUCUUUGCUGUUUUCUCUCUGCUGCAUUCACUGCAGCCCCAGUUGGACAUGGCCCCUCGCAGAGUUGUGGGAGAAGUCGUUGUUGUGGACGUCUGCACACCCGAGGAGUCAAAUGUCACAUAUGAGUUGGGGGUAUUGGAGGAGCUGCAGACUGUUUUCAACCCUGAGAUGGCUCAUGUCUCCUACGUCACCUUCUCUUGUCUCAUAGGUGACAUGGCAAUUCCGAAACUGUUUCCUAACCAUGAGCUGGUCUGGCAGUUGGCCCAGUCUUACCAUCAUAGUCUGAGUCAGGGGAGUCCAGAAACGAACCUCACAGCAGCAUCCAGGGUGGAGCUACCUCCUUCCUCCAUAGGACUCUCUUCGGGUUUUGCCAGACGUGCCGGUUGCAGCCCAUUCCCUGCACCCUUGACUAGCUCCACCCAGCUCGGAGACUCCCUCCCUGAGUCAGGCACUUUUGGGAGCCACCUGGUAGGAAACCGUAUACAAGUGUCAUGUGACACUGAUUAUGACAGUAGCCUGAACCUGGGCUUAGCCAACUCUUGGGGACGCUCCAGCCAUACCAACCCCAUCAUCACCACUGCCUCCACCUUCACCACUCCAUCUGUUGGCAAAGUUUCCUCUUCUUCCUCCUGGGUGACAGACCCCAGCCUAGAAGUCAGUGCCCUGAAACAGGAGCUCCCUCGCAGUGGCCGCUCCCUGCAGGGCAACUGGCUGGCCUACUGGCAGUAUGAGAUUGGCCUCAACCAGCAGGAUCCACAUUUCCACUUCCACCAGAUCCGACUGCAGAGCUUCCUGGGUCACUCAGGCACCACAAAGUGUUUGGCGCCACUGGCAGGAGAGGAUUACUUCCUUUCUGGUAGUAAAGACAAGACUGUGAAACUUUGGCCCCUCUAUAACCACGGUGAUGGAACACAGGAGGUUGACCCCAGGCUGACGUACAACGACCAUCGAAAGUCAGUCUUCUAUGUGGGACAGCUGGAGGCGUCACAGGAGGUAGUCAGCUGUGAUGGCACUGUGCACCUGUGGGACCAGUAUACAGGCAAGCAGAUCCGCUCGUAUGAAGCCGUGGACGGUAAGAAUCCCAUCACAGCUGUCACCACCAUGCCAGCUCCACACUGCAGUGUUGUGUUUGGCAGUGCGGAUUCUGUUCUCCGCUUCAUUGAUCCUCGCAAACCAGGACUGCAGCAUGAAUUUCGUCUGGCAUACAACAAUGUGAGCGCCGGGCUCAUCCGCUACCUGGCAGUGAGCCCUUCAGGGCGCACUGUGGCUGCAGGUUUCUCAUCUGGCUUCAUUGUUCUGCUAGAUGCGCGUACUGGACUUAUUCUGAAGGGCUGGCCGGCUCAUGAGGGAGACAUCCUCCAAAUGAGGGCUGCAGAAGGAAACUUGGUCAUCAGCUCCUCCACCGACUACACACUCACUGUGUGGAAAGAUCUGGAACACAAGCCUUUUCGCCAGUACAAGUCGCAGUCCGACCCCAUUCACGCCUUUGACCUUUACGGUUCAGAGAUUGUAACCGGAACAGUGGCUAACAAGAUCGGGGUGUACUCCAUGGCGGAUAUCUCCCUGAGCCCUGUUAGCAGCACAAAGCUGAGCUCGGAGAACUUCCGCGGCACACUGACCAGCCUGGCAGUCCUGCCCACCAAGAGGCUCCUGCUGCUGGGCUCUGAGAACGGGGCCAUCCGGUUAUUAGCGUAGGGAAAAUCAAUAGCUCCCAGCUACUCGAAACACUCUUAGCCACUUCCACUAUAUUGCUUUUUGACUGAAGCAGCACAAACAACGGCAUUGUAUAAGCUUCAUGUCUACUGAAUCUUGCUACUCCGGCACCAAAUUUGAUGAACAGGAAAUAUGUGCCACACAGUUAACAUUUAUCAUGUACAGUAAAUCCCAUGAUAUUUUAAAAGUCUAUUGAUGUAUAGAUAGUAUAUAUUGGGAAAUUCUUAUCUUGACAAGGUCAUUUGUUCUUUUGACUCGAUCAGUUAUUCUGUUCAAAAGAAUGGAUCAGAGGACGUGCUCAGGAAGGUGGAACCGAACACGGUUCUUAUGUAGUGUUUACACUUUCCACAUAGAUGCAUAACAACACCAAAAAUACAUUGACCUCAACUUUCAUUUCCCUUGAUGUUAGAAUACAUGCGUAUCCAAAUGCACUGAUUAAACUAUGCAGUAUUUGUAGAUCGAAUCAUUUGUUUGUGUUAGCGUCACGCCGUGUUUCAUGAGAGAUGUUUCACGUUAGAUUGUUUAUACUUCAUGAACAAUAAAAGUACACUCACUGUUUUGUCGACAGUCUCGGUGCAUCUUCUCAGAGUGGAGACGCUUCAGUUGUCGUCGCAUACAAGACUCAGUUACUGAUGCGCAGCCUUCAUUCUACUGCACAAGUAUGGCCUGAAUUGUACCAUUAAGAUUCUCACUCAGAUUUUAAAAACUGAAUGUUUUUAUCCACUAAUAAAUUACUUGAAGUUGCUUUUGGAUUUUUAAACAGUUGAUUUAGCAGUCAGAACCUGUAGCAACAUUAUAUUGGGAGUGCAUAUAGGCAGAUACCACUUUGACUGCCAGUUCUUUCUAAUUUCUGACUACAAAAGCUAACAUAGGAGCAGUCAAUGCCAAGAUGAAGAGUUUUGUAUUUUAACAUUUAUAUGUAACUGCAUAUGAAUAUGUUGAGAAAAUACGAACAAAACUUAACAAUAAAAAAUGUGGUUUAACUUGCUGCAGUAGAAUUUUUUGUCUCUUAAACCCAGCCCAGUUUCCACAAAACGCUGAAUAAAUAUCAGUUUUCAAAGGCCAACAGCAUCUAAUGAGCAAAGCUCUCCCCUUUUGUGUGAUUUUUCAAUCGCUGUCAUGUUGUAAAACACAGUUUGCCUACUUUUCUAAUUAUUUGCCCAAAGCUCAAAAUGCUCUAGAAGUGUAUUACAUCUUUUGAUAUUUUGUGUUUUAUUUUUUUGUAAACCUGGAGUGAAAGCUCAAUAAUAAUAAUAAAGCAGCAAACUUGUUUUGAAAAAUACAAUUUGUAGUUUGUAUUGAUAAUUGGUUAUGAUUUUCCCGCUAUCUCUUUGAACAUUUUAAGAAAAAUCCAAGAAAACGCUUCUUUUUUUUAACUGGAUUAAUAAAAAAACCA